AUGAAACUCCACUGUUCUAUUGCAAACUUGGUUUUUGUUUUACAGUUGCAUGAGUACAUCAAUGAUGUGCAGUUUGAGAUCUUCAAAUCAGAACAGUUGGCUUUGGAGCUCAACAGUGUGCUCACAGCUGCCAUCUUUGAGUCAGAUCUGGUCAACAAGGGUAAAAAGAAGGUCCUUGAAGGCAUGGUGAGUUUCCACUUUGAUUUUAGCCCUGAUUCAAUUGACCCAGUUUUGGAGCAAUAUAGUGACUCAACUCAUGCACAGCCUGACAGCAGGGUGUUCAAGUACAGCAAGCAAUUGGCUGCACAGAAGAGUGACAUGUAUGCAGAGUACAGAGAGAGAACUGUGGUAUUGGCCAAGUUGUGUGAGCAGGUGUCUGAUCCAGUUGUGAAGGCUUGGCAGAAGGUGAGGCAGGUUAUCAAGGCCUCUGUCAUACUCACCAAGCAAGCUGUGUCUGACCUCACACCUGACUGCCCAUUGUAUCCCAUUUUCAAGGAGGAGUUGAGAAAGGCUGAUACAUCAUAUUCUCAGGAAGAGGAUUCAUUGGAGCAACUGGGUCAAGAUUCUAGCAUAUUUGUCAUCAUUGAACAGAUUGACCAGGUCUUGGAUUUCUUCCUGAAUGUCUCACCUUAUUUGCUGACAGAGGCUCAGUCAAUGACAGCAAACAUGGAGUUGAAUGAAAUCAUUAGAUCUUGGAGAGAUUGUCACAUGCAAAAUGAUGCUUGUGAUUAAUGGGGUUUGAGUCAGUCAUGUUCUGCUGGGGAAUUUUGUUCUGAAAUGCCUGAUGAUCCUUUUCUUUAUGACUGCCAAAAUUUUCUGCUUCUUUUCUUCUGCAAAUUUUCUUCUUCUGAGAUAGUAAAUUGAUUGAUUCCUUU